CAACCAAUGCGGAAGACAAACAACAAAAAAUGAAAUUGAAAGAUAUCUUAGCAUUUUGUGUCAUAAAUCUAAUGUGUUACAGAGUUUAUUCCGAGAGAACAAAGGGAAAAAUAUAUUACGAGAUUAAUGCAAAAUCUGGAUUGGCUUGCAUACGGCGUAUGAAUGGCACGCACCAAAUUGGAUGUACAUCUGAUCCAAAGGGGAAUGUUGGCAUUGUCCACUAUAUUGAAGACGAGAGUGAUAUACAUUGGCUGAUAAAAAGUGGUCCUCACCAGCCAUAUGCCGUUUUGCUUAAAGCCACCAACUUCACUAGGACAAAUUUGAUGCUGUUGAAGGACUCAGGGAAAGUGAAUGGCUUCAUGAUAAUGCACAAUUCGUCCAUUGAUCCAAUACCAGAUCUACCUGAGGGCUUUUCUCCUGACUCCACAUGUCCAAAUGAUGCAUACGGUUUCUACAACAACCACAGUGAAUAUAGACAGUGUUCUAAAGUGGAGUGGAACCCAUACGGGAAUGGCCUCAUGUGGACAGACAUCAGUCUGCCAGUGUUUAUAUUGAAUAAUGCUACUGAUAUUGAUUUCAUCAUCAAUAAGUGUUAUAAAAAAUUCAACGAACCAAUAUCAGGGAGUCCACGGGAAUAUCCACUGUGUGCGGUUCAGCUCAAGAGCCGUAUGGACGGUGCAAAGGACGCAGAAACAUGUAUACGGCGUACACGACAUCAGAUGAACCUCCAGCCGGACAGAUAUUGCGAUCCGCUAGGGGAUAAAAAUGUCUUUGCUACAGUGAAGGCCACAAAUGAUACUAAGGAUCAUCCCGAUCGCAGUAUUAUUGUUGCUGCUACAAGGAUGGAUUCCUUCUCCAUGUUUGAAACCUAUCCUGGUGACGACUCCCAGGUGUCUGGUAUCGUGGCGCUACUGGCGGCGGCCGAGGCAAUCGGGAAGAUUAAGGAUAAUAUAAACAACUCACCCUCCUCGUAUGAUAUAAUGUUCACUUUCUUUACCGGGGAAGCGUUUGACUACAUAGGUUCGGGCCGAAUGGUUUACGACAUGCAAACAAAAAAUUUCCCAGAAUCACGCAACAAGAAGAUUAAUCUCAACACUAUAUCCCACUUUGUGGAGGUUAACCAGCUGGCAUACAGGGAUAAUGGGAAACUAUGGAUUCACACUGAUCCAGUAACAAGGCCACAAUCAGAUGUCAACAAUGAGACAACCAGACUGGUUUCACUGUUGAAGGAUUUAGACAGUUCACUGAUAGAUGAAGCCGACCAGUCCAUCCCCUUACCGCCCGCCUCUGUACAGUCAUUUCUCAAACCCUUAAAGGACAACAGCUCAUUCCCUUCACUUGUGUUGACUGACCACAAUGCCUCCUUUACAAAUAAGUUCUACAACAGCAGGUUUGAGAUCUUGAAGGGCAAAUUGAACUAUACAGGUAUCAACAAAACUGAAUGGUAUGACCAGGAAACGGAACUGGCUCAAGAACUCACAGAUAUUGGGGGGAUAUUAGGGACAUUCCUAUAUAGGCUGGCAAUGAAUGAUUCUGAUGACUCAACAAAUUUGACUGCUAAUGUUACUACAGUGUCUCACCUACUGUAUUGUUUCUUGGUGAACCCAAAUUGUACACUGUUUAAAAAAAUACUAUCACAGGAAGAUGCCAAUAAAUUGCCUGACUAUAAACUGUUUCCAUUCUACGUCAGUGUGGACACAACUGAUAAUCAUGUCACCACACUAGUGAAGAAUCUGCUGACCUACUUUCUCGGAGAAUUCCAUAACAGAACAGAUGAAUUCAACUGCCCAUGUACAGAAGCUAACUAUACUGAUGACAAAUGUACCCAUAAAGAUUGGAAAACUCCGCAUUAUUCUUACCAGUGGAUUCGAUUUGAAAAGAUCUGUAUGAGAGGUACAGUCGGUAAAUCGAAAGCUGUCUCCAUAGCGUUUGAUAAAGAUGACUACACAUCUGGUAAUUACAGUACCUGGACAGAGAGCAGUUGGGCAGGAGAUGCAAUUCUUGCCCGGGUUUUCCUUGUGCCUAGUAAACAACUUGAGGUGACAACAUUCGUUGUUGGUUUGCUCCUGCUUCUGGUGUCAUGUCUCAUGAUUUACUUAAUCAACAACCGCGUGGACAUCAUCUUCCAGCAGUCGAAUCGAAACGUGUCUGAUAUAAAUAGCUACACUGCUGUGCAAUAUACGGAAAACGACGUGCGGUUAUGAUGAAUGUGUUAUGGAUAUGAAAUUUUUAACAAUUUGACAGCAUGGUUUUCCUUAUGUUUGAUGAGAUUGUGUUGUUGUUUUUGUAAUAUUUAUAAGAUGUGAAGAUUGUAAAUGAGUGAUAAUUGUUGCUUUUGCGAAUACCUGUCUUUUUUGUUAAUGUGUGUAUUUGUGUUUACAUUGCAUUCCAACGUCUCCUACUGUACAUUGCUUAAGCUGUUACACUCUAUUUAAAUUCAGGUUGUUACAUAGAAAGUCUGCAUCUGAAAUAAACCAUGUUGACUAUAUCACAGACGUAUAAACCAGUUUAUAGGUCAGUGACCACAUCUGUGUGGGGAUUAUAAGUAUCUAUCAUGUGUUUCCGGUAAGGAUAGAAAAAUCCGACCCGAGGGCACGUGCGUAAGCCGGUAACGAGGCUUGCCGAGUUACCGGUCACGCAGCGUGCCCGAGGGUCUGAUUUUUUGAUCCGGAACGGAAAAACAUGAUUGAUAUUUUUUCUUGCAUACCUAAAAUUAUGAAUUUGUGGAAAAAUGACUAAGAAAAAAUUAACUUUUGUACAAUUACACCAAAAAGCGCGUGCGACGUUGUUUACUGACGUCAUAGAGCGCAGUAGUUUUAAAUAACUGAAAAAUAAAGCGUUUUUUUACGAUGAAUUAUUUUUUAUUUUAAUUAAAAGUCUUGCAAACAUAUAUAUUUGAUUGCGCUUUAUUGAAAUGGCAUACUAUAUCUUUCAUAAACCAUACUGAAAUAAAUUAAAUAAGAAGUGGCGCGUUGUUGCGCGUGAUUCAUCUUACAUGGGGUAUGUAAGAUGGGUUUUUCCAGCACUGGUCACAUGACCGGAAACACACGUCCAGUAUGCAAGAAUAAUGUUCCCACUGUUUUUCUAUUGAUUAACAUAUUCCAUUUUAAGCUUAAGUCUUUUAAAAAUUCAGGUUGUUGCUUAGGUAUUUAGGACUCUUAUGUGGUUUUCUACAAAAUAGUGUUCUGCCUGCCCACUUCAUACCAGAUUAUUUGUUUUGUUGGCUUAUAAAAACAUGCAAGUUUUAAAAAUAUUUCUAGCUUGUCUUUCCAUGAUGGUACUGCAAAUAUAUGUCGUUUUCCCAUCUUUAAAUGAAACGAAGGCCUGCCAUGGGUCGUAAUCACAAAACUCUAAAUGAACUAAGUGACCUUUUUCUACUGCUUGAAAACGAUUAUAUCAGAUCCCCUCUGAUUUUCAUCAUAUUCAUUCAUAUACAUGACAAUUUUCUGAUGUACAAACAUCGUAGUUUCCUUUGAUUCACUUUAGAAAAGAAGCAAUUAAGAAAUUCAUUAAGCAGAAAACUUAACCCUAGGAAGUUGCUUUGUAAAUAUGGCCUCUGCUUGAUACAUUCUAUUUUUACCAAACCCAAUAUGUUGCUUUGUAAAUAAGGCCAUUCUGUUUUAGUGUUUUUUUUUCACAUGACAAAGAUGUGCUGUUUUUGUAAAUACAUUUGUAUUUUCCAUUGUAAGAUUCAAUGUUCAUCCUUUUUUGUUUAUUUUUAGCCAUAUUAUCUGUGAUGAAAUUAUAUUUUCACAUUUGACUGAUUUGUUUUAAUGUAAGAAUGGUGUCAUGAAAUGUAGACAAAACAUGGCUGCGUGUCUUCAAUGUAUGUAUAUGUACGUAUUGAAAAUAAUUAACAAAAAUUUAAAUACUAAAUCAAUAAAUGGUUUGUAAUAAAAAAAAUGCUUCUGUGUGAAAUAUGUAAUAAUUUCACUGCUGUUAUUUUCACUGCAGUGAAAAUAUUAAUAUCACUAUGCGGGGCUGAACAUUUUGAAAUGAUGUAACAAAAAAGUUGUCAUGACACGAUGUUUUUCACUUGAGUUUCCAUUUAACGCCAAUUAAGUAGACAUAGUUUGAAUAUUUGAGCUUAAAAAAAACAAACCUGUUUAAUUUCAGUGUAACUAGCCUCUUAGUAAUUUAUCUCCUAUUCAAACUAGGUUUACCUGAAUUUGUGCAAUGAUAUAUUUUGGCUUUUUAACCAGGUUUUCACAAAGUGAAACCUGGUUAUUAGAAUGAUGAACGUUGUUUUUUCGGGCGGGCAGCCUGGGCAGCAGGGAGGCCGGGCGGCGUCAAACUCACAUAUGAAACUGAAUAAUAUCAGUAAUGGUUGACAUAUCUUGACCAAACUUGGUUAUGGAUACCUUUCAUGGGAUUGCGUUUGAGGUCUCUAGGGUCAAGGUCAUGGUCACUGUUACUAAAAAUAGAAAAACGGUACAAACUGAAUAACUUUAGUUAGGGUUGACAUAUCUUGACCAAACUUGGUCUAUAGGGGAAGUUUAUAAAUACCUUUCAUGAGAUUGCAUUUGGGGUCCCUAGGGACAAGGUCAAGGUCACUGUUACUAAAAAAGAAAAACGGUUGAAACUGAAUAACUUUAAUUAGGGUCCACAUAUCUUGACCAAACUUGGUAUUAAGGAAGAGUUUAUGGAGGCCUUUCAUGGGAUUGCGUUUGGUGUCCAUAGGGCCAAGGUCAAGGUCACUAUUACUAAAAAUAGAACAAACAGUUGAAACUGAAUAACUUUUGUCAGGGUCCACAUGUCUUGACCAAACUUGGUAUAAGGAAGAGUUUAUGGAGACUUGUCAUAGGAUUGUGUUUGGGGUCCCAAGGAUCAAGGUUACUGUUACUUACAAUAGAAGAAUGGUUGAAACUGAAUAACUUUAGUCAGGGUUCACAUAUCUUGACCAAACUUGGGUAUAGGAAGAGUUUACAGAGACCUGUCAUGGGAUUGCGUUUGGGGACAUCGAGUCAAGGUCACUUUACUAAAAAUAGAAAAACGGUUGAAACUGAAUAACUUUAGUUAGGGUUGACAUAUCUUGACCCAACUUGGUAUAUAGGAAGAGUUUAUGGAUAGCUUUCAUGUGAUUGCGUUUGGGGUCCCUAUGGUGAAGAUCACUGUUACUAAAAUAGAAAAACAGACAUAGGCUGAAGUUCUUUUGUCAAUCAUUGAAAACCUGGUUUCGUCGCAUUGUGGCGUUUCUUGUAUUUACAUUUUCAGUGACAUUUCAUGUACAUUUUAUUUUUUAAAGAAAAUUACAUAUUUAUAAUAUAAUGUGUUUAUCUCUUUCUUGUAAUACCUCAAUGGACUAUUUCCUGAAGUUUCCCUUUUUGCUUUCAGAUGGUUAAUAAUCUGUACUUUAUGUUUACCACUGGCCUAUUUCAAUAAGGAUCUAAGAUGCAGCCACAAUUACCGGUAUCCUAAAUCUGUAUAAACAUCACAAAUUGCAUCAAGAAGUAUGGGUUUUUUUCCUCAACAUUUGUGGUCGUUUUUAAUAAUUUACACAAAAGUGUAACAAAAUAACACAUAUGAAGCUAAGAUGAUUUUAGUUGACAACUAAGACUGACUACAAUCUUUAUUGAAACUGGCCUCAGACUGGAUUCUUGUUCUUGACCCUAAUUUCUUUCGAAACUUAUUAAGGCCCUUUUAACAGGAUUAAUCUAAGCUCAAUAUUAUUAUUUUGGUUUAAUGUGUGUAAUAUUUACAUUCUUAAAGAGGUUUGGGACUUUAAAAGGAAGUUAUCGUUACAAUAGUCCGACACACAAAUUAUUAUUUAGUAGAAUCAAGAUAAAGUAAGACCUUUUGCUUAAUGAAAUAAGCUAUUGAAGCUUGUUACACUAAAGAACUUUCUAGAAAUUGGGGUCUGAACUUGUUUGCUCCUAAGUAUGUACUUUUAAGUGUCUCAAAACAUUAGGAUCACAAGUAUAUGCAGUUAUCGAAAUAAGACCGGAUCAAUAAGCCCGAUUUCUUACAUUAGAAAUCACUGCUAUAUAAUAUCCAGAAUUUGAGCAAGCAUGGAAAGCAAUUAACCAGUGCAGGGCUUGUGGGCUGGUGCCCUUGCGGGCUUGUGCUUAUUUCGACUGCUACAUAUGAAAUGUUGUUUUAAAUUGAUCAUGUUUUGCCUGUUUGACUGUCUUUAAUCAUGUUUGAUACAUGUAAAUCCACAUUAUGACUUAGAUAACUAAUUAGUACAAAUACAUGUACAUAAUAUCAAAUACAUGUACAUAAUGUAUAUUUGAAAAAUUAAUAUUUGUACUAUUGAUGUGUCUAAAUUUGUAAUAAUAAAUUUCUGGCAGA